AUGAUUGUGACUGAUUUCUUUUCAGGACUCCCCCAGGGUGCCAAACCCCCACCCCUCACCAUGGUCAACUCAGGGGCAUCCAAGGUGACCCGUAACACGGCGACAGUGCAGCCCCUCAGCCAGGUGUCAUCGCCUAGCAACAGUGUGACCGCUAUGAGUGGCAAUGCGGCAUUGAAUGCCACACGCACAUCUAGCUUUGCAGCUGCACUCAGGAAACUGGCCAAUCAGGCCAAAGAGCCAGAAGAUGGACCCAAUGUAAAAGCUGUUCCUCCCUCUACUACAAGUGUAAGUCCACGAGCAUCCACCCCAAAGCGUGGUCCUCCUCCAUUGGUCUACUCAAGCCAGUCAUCAUCAUCAUCAUAUUUGACUUCUCCUCCUGUGGUGACCAUAGCCCCCACCCAAGCACAUCCUACACACUUACAUUCAGAGGCACAUUCUCAGAACUUGGAGCGCACCCACUCUGUCCAGAGCUCCUCUUCCUCUUUGUAUGACCCAUUGAGUAUUAAACAGGAGAGAGAUCAUCGCCCUUUAUCAUCACAGUCACGAGAUGGCGACAACAGUAAAGAGUGCAUUAUACAGCCAUCUCACAGAACAGCUUCUUCGGCAUUGUCAUCUUCCUCCACUCAUGGCCGAGAUGACUUGCCACCACGAGGGUUCCAGCCUUACAGGCCAGAAGAAGACAUCCGGCCGAUGCUGCCAUCUCCUUUUGGACUGGAUGCUGCCUACUCUUAUCCAGCAUUGUUCCCUCACCAACCUUAUCCCCAUCCCGCAUUCAGCCGUAUUGAUGAUCCUCUUGUGUUAGAACGUUGCCGAUUGAUGCACCCUCCAUUCAUACCAUUCAGCCAUCCUGGCAUCAUUCCCCCACCAGGAGUGCAUCCCUUCUUAGCAUCUGGCCGAUACCAAACUGACGUGCUCCACCAGCAAUACCCUUAUUUGCCUAAUAGCUCUCGAUUAGCUGGUUACAGGUCACCAGGUCCCAAUGAUAGACCUAGACAAGAAGAUGAGAAACUAAAGCGCAUUGAUAAUGAUCGGGAAAUUGAGCGCGAAAAGGAACGAGAGCGUGAGAAAGAAAGAGAAAUUGAACGUCAAAAAGAAAUAGAACAACGUGAGCAGCAAGAGAAGGAGCGUCUGCGGGAGUUGGAUCGGCAGCAGUUGGAGCGACAGCAUGAGGCAGAACGUCGCAAAGUAGAAGUAAAUUAUAUACGAGAAGAUGAACGCAGACAUUCCUUGCAUCAACAAUCAGAUUCAUCGUAUUCAGGUUCUAUUACUCAGGGAACUCCCCGUGAUGUAUUGUAUGGGGAUCGGUUGGCACCCCCCUCAUCAAACUCGUCCAACGGGGUCCCUGACCUUAGCCAUCAUCCCCACCGAGGGAGCCGAACAAGUUAUGAUCAUGGAGAUCAUGGCAAUAGUGGACAUAUGACCACAUCAUCUGGGCACCAAAUGAAGCAGGAACAAGAGGCUCAUACCUCAAGUAACAACAGACACAGCAGCAGUCCAGCUGUCCAUAUUGAUGUGGACCGCAGGAAACAUCACUCCAGCUAUUUGCCUAAGAAUGAUUUCACCAUAUCUCUGAGUAAGAACCAGCCAUACCAUCAUGAACUGUCCAACCACUACAGCUACUUUCGUAGUGGCCUCUAUGACCAUUCACUAUCUGGUCACAUCAAUUCUGUGGUGGAUGCUUCCUUCCAUGUCUUUUCAGACCAAAACGUGGUGAGCAAAUUGGAUGUAGAAGAGCGCAAAAUGAGAGAUGCUCGCGUUAAUGGCACAUAUUGUAGUGACAGUGAAGAAGAUGAAGAGAUAGUGGCAGCUAUGGAAAUGGAACGAAAACAACAAUUGACUAUCAUCAUCACUGGACCACCAAUUCCUCUUGACACCUCACGCAAUAAGCUGCGCUAUCUCAAAUCCAUGGGACUUACAACUCAUUCACGCAGACGAGAUCUGGAGCUUGAGCGUCAUCGCAAACGCCGUCACAUGUUACGCGAAGGUAGCUUGAGUCCCUUGCCUGUAGAAACUGAGAAGGAGGAGCCACCCACUUCCAGUGGCUUACCAGCUCCCCCACCCUAUUUGUCAGAACAGUUGUGCAUGCAGCCAGACUACAGAAAUAAAUGUCGCUUCCUUCAUAGCCUCAACCUCACCGCAUUAACAGGAGAAAAGAAAAGAGAACUGGAGGCAAUACUACAGGCAUGUCAAGAAGAGCGAGCACGGAGACUUGGGCUUGUAUUAGACAAUAACACAUCAGGGCAGCACCAACAUAUAGAAGGAGAUCGACACAUCCAAGAAGCUCAAAAACGAUCUAAACCUGCAUUACUUGACAGUCUGCCUCAGCGGACAAAAAGAAAACACAGUGAAAUUGAAGGCACAUCUCAGGUACCAAACAAGCUUGAACAGCAGCAGCAGCAGCCAACUCGCCCGAAAAUAUCAUUGAAUCAAUUACAAGAGCGUCAUUUGGCAGCAUUGGCAGUAGCCUCAUCAUCUCAGCAACAUUACCACAAAGCCAGCAUAUCAACUCCACCCCCAGCUACAACAAGUCAGCCUGGGGUCAACUCAAGCAGACCCAAUCAGGACACUUCUCGUACUCUCAUAUUCCCUGAAAGCCGAGGAGAUAGCCGUGACCAUCGACGUCUCAGUGAAAAGUUUGCUCAAGAGUUCCAUGAAUCAGUUCUGGCUUCUACAUUCUCAAAUAAAUCUGCCAAUGGGCGAACAGGGAUGAAGAUAAUGGAUGUUGGUAGCAGCAGUAGCAGUAUAAAGCCGGUGCCAACUACAGAUCUGCCUAUUUCAUCACACACACAGAAAGUUUCUUUGUCAACAUCUCAUGACCAUACUGCAUUGUGUUCUCGGUCAGAUGAUAGCCGUAUGGAGUGUACAGAAUCUACGGGCAGCCCUGUCUCAUUUAAAUGGCCUGGUGUAGAGACAAUCUUAGAGGCAUAUCAACGCCAUUUAGAUGAACAAAAAUUAGAACGACUUAUUCUGCAUGAAAGAUGCCAGAAAUUAAAAACAGAUAAUUUUGAUCUGAAGAAAACAGCAGAGAAAUUAAGCCGACGAGUUUCAACUUUACUUGACAGCAAAACUCAAGACGAUGAAGAAUAUCGAAGAUGUCGUAGUAGUGUGGACACUUUGCAGCAUUAUUAUCUUCAGUUACCAAGAUGA